AUGGCCUCCCCCACUCCGUUGAAUCUACACGCGGUCUACACCGCUCCACAGGCCAGUCGCACAUUCGAGCAUGCAAUCCCGGUCGACUCUGCAACCGAUGCUGUGGCCGCCAAGCAAGCCCACCUCACCGCAUUGCAAUCGUUCGUUCCUAAGCUGCAGGAAGAGAUCAAUGUCUUUCUGACCGAGCGUAUGGAAGAGGACAAGAAGGCCCAGGGGCAGAUCUCGGAGAAGGAGGCCAAGGAAGAAGAGAACUACGGCGAGGAGGUCGUCGAGGACGAUGCAUGA